GAGCAAGCAAAAAUCGGAUAGUAGUACCUUUUGAUAGUCGUGGUUCAUCAACACCUAUUGGACGAUUAUAUUUUACUGAUGGCUUAGAAUAUAUCCGCCCAAGUUUCAUGGCAUCAUUAGGACUCAUCCCAAUUAGUCAGGUUGGAGUAAUAUUCAUAUUGUCAACAAUCUUUCGUGCAAAACAUUCACAUUCUCUACAGCGCUCACCAGUAG